ACUCAUCCAGACUGUCAACUGAUGACAACGGCAUACCAACAUCAAUCCCACCUGUAUGAUACACUCCGCGCCCACCAACACAUUAUUUCACCGUUGCCUGUUAAGCCGUCCAAUUAUCCAUCGCGCCCUCACCUCAUCGCCGUUUCCCCGCUGCACACCUUGCUACCAUCCCCCCCCUCAUAUUUGACAACACAACCAGACAGUCACGAAAUACCACGACAUAAUCACCUACUUCCUUCACUCUCUCCCCAUCUUCUAUACAGCCAUUGAGCUUCCGCUGUUAUGUCUGUACUGCUUGAGCUCGGGGAGACAGGUGACGUUGUCAUUGAUCUCCUGGUAGGUUACGCCCCCAAAACUUGCGAGAACUUCCUCAAACUGUAUGUACCUCUCCGAACCCUCACAUAAACCCAUCCCUCACCUUCCCCACACACAUUUCUCCCCCACAUUUCUCCUUCCGAAGCGGGUAUUCCCGCCACGGGAACCCGCAAUCACAAAUACGAACCGACUAAUGCUCUGAUUUUCACCGGCGGCUAUCUCCAGAUGCAAGAUGAAAUAUUACAACUUUUCCCCCAUUUAUAGCGUUCAAAAGGAUUUCUCUUUUCAGACCGGCGACCCUAUCGGGCCUGACUCUCCUGAGUCAGAUGGAGGUUCAUCGAUCUGGGGCCUUCUGGAGGGUCCUUCCAAGCGCCUAUUUCCGGUGGAGUUUCAUCCAAAAUUGAAGCACACGGAACGUGGUACGGUGAGCAUGGCCACCGCUCCUGGUAGAAAUCCAGAUGCGCGGGUGGGUGGAAGUCAGUUUAUCAUCACUACGGGUGACGAGUUGGAUUACCUGGAUGGAAAGGCCGCGAUAUUUGGCAAGGUUGUUGAAGGUUUUGACACGCUAGAAAAGAUCAACAAUGCCUUCUGCGAUGACAAAGGAAGGCCACUAAAGGAUAUCCGAAUACGUCACACGAUUAUUUUAGAAGAUCCAUAUAAUGAUCCUGAUGGUUUGAGAGAGCCGCCCCAGAGCCCUGUCCCGUCAAAGGCUCAACUAGCUACCGUGAGAAUUGGAGAGGAUGAAGAAAUCAAGGAGGAUGAUGACCCCGAAGCAACCGAGAAACUAAGGCGAGAACGAGAAGCAAGGGCACAAGCCUUGACAUUAGAGAUGGUUGGCGAUCUUCCAUUUGCGGAUGUCAAACCACCCGAAAACAUCCUCUUCGUUUGCAAAUUGAAUCCCGUUACUCAAGGUUCGUUCGGUAUUCUACCCGUCAGAUUUCAAUUUAUUAACUCGCUCUAGAUGAGGACCUUCAUUUGAUUUUCAGCCGUUUCGGAACUAUUUUGUCAUGCGAAGUUAUCAGAGACAAGAGAACCGGCGACAGCCUCCAGUAUGCAUUUAUUGAGUUUGAGGACCAAAAGGCGUGUGAGCAGGCCUACUUUAAAAUGCAAGGUGUAUUGAUAGAUGACCACAGAAUACACGUCGACUUUUCGCAGAGUGUUGGAUUGCCCCAUUAUUCCCAUCUUCCCCCUUACUCAGAGUGCUAAGAUGAUGUGUUGCAACAGGUGUCCAAAUUAUCCGACACAUGGCGAUCAGCCACUAAUGCAAAACGUCAAAAUGCGGCCAAUGCACGUGGUUUUGGUGGGUUUAACCAACUGGAGAAGAGGCGCCAAUACAGGGAAGGUAACGACAAGAGCCAGGGCAUUCCCGGUAGUCGUAAUACAAGAUAUGUGUUUGAUGAGGCUGAUGUUCGGAGACGCGCCGAGACAUCAAGAUCAGAAAGAGAUGAUCGAGGCUCCCAAGGUGACAGACACAGAGAUGGAGGCAGGGAAAGGCACAGAGAACAGGAUAGGGUCAAGGGACGUGGGGGUAAAAGAGAUGGCGGAAGGUCUGGACGAGAGCGUGGUCUCAGUAGCGGUAGCCGCCGCGAUGACGAAAGAAAUCCCCGGAAAAGGCAACGAAGCCGGAGCCAAAGGAGGCGCUAUGGUCAUGAUAAAUACUAGAUGUCCCGAUGACCUUGACGACAGGUCAUAAGCCAGGGGAGGGUUUGACUCGCUUCCCGGAUACCUACCAACAUAGUCAAGAGAACCGGAUAUCCACAGUUCCUCGCCAUCAUAUAAAACGCAUAUCAGAGGUACUGUCCAGAAAAAAAGGGACAUCGCUCAAUUUGCUUCCUCAGAUGUUUUUAAAUACCCUGCAAACCCGUUCCAAGCCCCGUUCAAACUUUGUGAUUUGUGACAGAAAGCGACAACGCAUUGAGCUCAUCGCAUCUCACCAUGAG